CCCAUCACCGCGGAGAAAGUAUUGGCGGGAGGGUGGGGUUGGGGCACCGGCGAGCUGGACUUCGGCUUUGGGGUUUUCCUGCUUCCCUCAGCAGCAGCAGCAGCCAUGGCGAAAGGGCUGGAAGCCGCCGCCGCCGCCCGCUACGGACUGGGACUGGGAUACUUACUGCAAAUGCUCGUGCUGCCCGCCUUGGCCAUCCUGAGCGCCAGCAGCCCCGGCUCCGCUGCGCAAGAUGAUGACUUUUUUCACGAGCUCCCAGAAACCUUCCCUUCGGAUCCUCCAGAGCCACUUCCUCACUUCCUCAUUGAGCCUGAAGAGGCCUACAUCGUGAAGAACAAACCCGUGAACCUGUACUGUAAAGCUAGCCCUGCCACCCAAAUCUACUUCAAAUGCAACAGUGAAUGGGUUCACCAAAAAGACCACGUGGUAGAUGAAAGAGUUGAUGAAACAUCUGGACUGAUUGUUCGAGAAGUAAGCAUUGAGAUUUCCCGCCAGCAAGUUGAAGAACUCUUCGGACCAGAAGAUUACUGGUGCCAGUGUGUGGCUUGGAGCUCAGCAGGUACUACGAAGAGCCGGAAGGCCUACGUUCGUAUCGCAUAUCUGAGGAAGACUUUUGAGCAAGAGCCACUUGGGAAGGAAGUAUCUUUGGAACAGGAAGUCCUUCUCCAGUGUCGGCCACCUGAAGGAAUCCCAGUUGCUGAGGUAGAGUGGCUGAAAAAUGAAGAGGUGAUUGAUCCCGUUGAAGACCGAAAUUUUUACAUCACUAUUGACCACAACCUGAUCAUAAAGCAGGCGCGCCUCUCUGACACAGCCAAUUAUACUUGUGUUGCCAAAAACAUUGUGGCCAAGAGGAAGAGCACGACUGCUGCUGUCAUUGUCUAUGUCAAUGGAGGAUGGUCAACCUGGACCGAGUGGUCCGUCUGCAACAGCCGUUGUGGAAAAGGCUCCCAGAAGCGCACAAGAACCUGUACCAACCCUGCUCCACUCAAUGGAGGUGCCUUCUGUGAAGGCCAAAGUUUGCAGAAAAUAGCUUGUACCACAUUGUGUCCAGUAGAUGGAAGGUGGACACCAUGGAGUAAAUGGUCCACCUGCGGAACAGAGUGUACCCACUGGCGCAGGAGGGAAUGCAUGGCUCCAGCACCAAAGAACGGGGGGAAAGACUGUGAAGGCCUUGUCUUACAGUCCAAGAACUGCACAGAUGGUCUGUGUAUGCAGAGUUUCAUUUACCCUAUUUCAACCGAACAGAGAACCCAGAAUGAAUAUGGAUUUUCUUCUGCUCCUGAUUCAGAUGACGUAGCUCUCUAUGUCGGGAUUGUGAUAGCCGUGAUCGUGUGCCUGGCUAUUUCAGUGAUCGUCGCAUUAUUCAUCUACAGGAAGAACCACCGGGACUUUGAGUCAGAUAUUAUAGACUCCUCAGCGCUAAAUGGUGGAUUUCAGCCUGUUAAUAUCAAAGCUGCAAGGCAAGACCUCCUAGCCGUGCCUCCAGACCUCACUUCUGCUGCAGCCAUGUAUAGGGGCCCCGUCUACGCUUUGCAUGACGUGUCAGAUAAAAUCCCAAUGACCAACUCACCCAUUCUUGAUCCACUUCCCAACUUGAAGAUCAAGGUGUACAACAAUUCGGGUGCAGUCACUCCACAGGAUGAGCUGUCCGACUUUUCGUCCAAACUCUCCCCGCAGAUCACUCAAUCCUUGCUGGAUAACGAAGCAUUAAACAUUAAAAACCAGAGUCUGGCACGGCAGACAGACCCAUCAUGCACUGCUUUUAGCACCUUCAACUCUCUUGGAGGUCAUCUGAUUGUACCAAAUUCAGGAGUAAGUUUGCUGAUUCCUGCAGGGGCCGUUCCCCAGGGGAGAGUCUAUGAAAUGUAUGUGACAGUUCACCGAAAAGAAAACAUGAGGCCACCAGUAGAAGACAGCCAAACCCUUUUGACCCCUGUGGUGAGCUGUGGACCUCCAGGAGCACUGCUGACCCGCCCUGUCAUUCUGACAAUGCACCACUGUGCGGAACCAAACACAGAAGACUGGAAGAUCCAGCUGAAGAACCAAACUGCCCAGGGACAGUGGGAGGAUGUGGUAGCAGUUGGAGAAGAAAACUUCACCACCCCAUGCUACAUUCAGUUGGAUCCAGAAGCCUGCCAUAUCCUGACAGAAACUCUCAGCACCUAUGCCUUGGUAGGGCAGUCGAUCACCAAAGCAGCUGCCAAGCGUCUCAAGCUGGCCAUCUUUGGACCACUGAUCUGCUCAUCCUUGGAAUAUAAUAUCCGUGUCUACUGCCUGGAUGACACCCAAGAUGCCCUUAAGGAGGUGCUACAACUGGAGCGGCAAAUGGGUGGACAGCUGCUAGAAGAACCAAAGGAUUUGCAUUUUAAGGGUAGCACUCAUAACCUCCGCUUAUCCAUUCAUGAUAUCACCCAUUCCCUCUGGAAAAGCAAGCUGCUGGCUAAAUACCAGGAAAUUCCCUUUUACCAUAUCUGGAGUGGAUGUCAAAGAAACCUGCAUUGUACCUUCACCUUGGAAAGGUUCAGUCUGAACACACUGGAGCUGGUGUGCAAACUUUGCAUACGGCAGGUUGAAGGAGAAGGGCAGAUAUUCCAGCUCAACUGUUCAGUAUCAGAGGAACCUACUGGCCUUGAAUAUCCACUCAUGGAUCCAGCAAACACCAUCACCACCGUAGUAGGACCUUGUGCAUUCAGUAUCCCCCUCCCAAUCCGACAGAAGCUUUGCAGCAGCCUAGAUGCUCCUCAGACAAGAGGCCAUGACUGGAGGAUGCUGGCCCACAAACUGAAAUUGGACAGGUACCUCAAUUAUUUUGCUACAAAAUCAAGUCCCACCGGUGUGAUCUUAGACCUUUGGGAAGCUCAGAAUUUCCCUGAUGGGAACCUGAGCAUGCUGGCCACAGUCCUGGAAGAGAUGGGAAGACAUGAGACAUUCGUUUCACUGGCACCAGAAGGAAAGUACUGAGGCAACCUUAGGAGGAGAAGGAAGGAAUGUUAUCCACGUCGGCUGUGACUAACUCAAACCGAGCACCCCAGACCAAUGCGUUCCAAUGCAAGAGGCAUUCCAGAGUGGGUGGGAAAGACACAAAAUCCUGACUUUUCACAUGCAUUCUCCUUGUACAUUAUCACAGGAUUUAAAAGAAAUCUCACAAAGUUGUUACCUUGAUAAUAUAAUUCAAUCUAACAUUCCUCUCAGCUUGGCUGUACGCUGCUUGGUACAGGAUUUUACAGUUUCCUAGGAAACGCUUUUUAUUGCUAUCCAGAUAUAUGGAUAAACUUUCUUAACAAUCCCAGUUUCUAUGAACAUUGUUUACAUCAAAUCCUGGGCAGCAGGAUGGAAAGGACUGUCCAUGGCUCUCUUUUAUAUAUAUCUAUAUUUUCUUCUUCUUUUGUUGAAAGCCAUUCUAGACCAAGCCAUGGACAAAGCAGGGUUGUGGCUAUUUUCAGAUAAGUCAGUUCCUCAACACCCAUCUCAAAUGCAUUUCAUGGUUGCAAAUCUGUCCAUCAGAUGUCUUAAAAUAAUCCGUCACCAGACUGCUUUCUAGAUUGAGUUGUUAAGCCAGAGUUUUAAAUUUGUGCAUCUGGCAAGGAGAUAAUGUAGAUUCUGAGCAGGAAUGCAAGUACCUCUCCCUACCUUCCCCAGGGAUGCCUGUGCCCCUUGGUGACUUAAACUGCAGAGAUCUUCUUCUCUCCCAGCUCACAGCGUCCCCUGCCUCCAUCAUCAAAGUGUGGGUGUGUGGGUGUAUGUGAUAUGCAAUUUGGCGUGGUUUGGGAGGGGGGGGAGAAAAACCCUACCAAAAAGGGGGGGAAGAAAAAAAGAAUUUGCUUGUAUGGUUAUUUACUGAAUAGUAUCUAGUGCAAGGAAUAUUAUAUUUCUUAUUAUUACUACUAUUA